AUGCCUUGGGUAAACCAGGAGUAUAAAUAUUCCUGUUUUGAAAACUUAGCUGUGAGUAUUUUGAAACAAGGCAGUAUUCCCAGUCAUGUUGCAUUCAUUAUGGAUGGAAAUCGGCGCUUUGCUGUUGCCCAAGGUCUGCAGAAAACUGAGGGACACAAAUUAGGUUUCUCCAAAUUGUCUCACGUAGGUUCCGUUUUUCUACCUAUUGUCAAGGUGCUUCGUUGGUGCUAUGAUUUUGGAAUAAGAGAAGUAUCUGUCUAUGCUUUUAGCAUUGAUAACUUUAAAAGGCCAGGUAACGAGGUUUCAUUUUUGAUGGAUCUCGCUGUUGAAAAACUAAAUGAACUAAUUGAGAAGAAAGACAAAUUGGAUGAGCAGGGCGUUAGAGUUCGAAUUCUUGGCAAUCUCCAUUUGCUUCCGAAAAAAGUACAGCGUGUCGCCGCUCGGUUGAUGCUAAUGACAAACGGAAAUUCUCGUGCCAUUCUCAACAUUAUGAUGUCAUAUUCAACUCGUGAUGAGCUGACUGCUACACUUGAAAAUAUCCGACGUGGAGUGCAAAUGGGUCUUCUCGAAGAGCAGGACAUAUCCCCCGAGGUGAUCGACCGAAGCAGCCAGCUACGUGACUGCCGCCCUCUCGAUCUGUUGGUACGGACGUCCGGCGAGGUGCGCCUAAGCGAUUUCAUGCUCUGGCAGGCCUCGCGCUCGGCUGCUCUGUUUUCCUUCUUCAAGGUCAACUGGCCUGCCUUCUCGUUCUGGCACCUGGUCGCUGCACUGCUCCAGUUCCAACUCAACCGCGCCGCCAUACUCCCUCUCCCUGAGGUAUUCCUUCCAUUCUAA